GACACCGAGUCGUUGACGUGCCUUUAUAACGGUAUCCGCAACGUUACUACAACGCUAACAACAAUCAUAAUUACAUUGGUAAUAACAACCGUCGAUUGCCGGCCAUUAUGACGACGGGUAUUGUUGUCCAAUCGGCGGCCCGUGCGAUCCGAGAGUCUUGCGGAGUGUAUACUUAAAUUAAAUUAUUCAAUUACCGGCGGUCAUCAUCAUCGUCAUCAUCGUCGUCGUAUUCAAAGUGCGAUUCGACAAAAAAAUCCGUUCGGUUGGCCAUCCUGCCAUGCUGCCGGCCACCCUGAUCGCGUCCACGCCGGCGGGGUCACCGGUGCAAACGGUCGAAGAUGACCAAGGAGGUCGUAUAUUGGGCGAACAGAGAGGUGACAAUCAGAACUCGACGGACAACCCGGUUCCGCCUACCAAGUUGCAACAGUACGAGAACCGGUACCGGACGUCUUCCACGUCGUUUCUGAUACACAACCUAUUGAUAACGUGCAACAACAAUAACGACGACGAUGGCGACGGCAUCGAAACCGACGGCCCCAAGUCUUUGGGAAAAGACCAAGACCACUGCGGCGACGGCGACGGCGACGACGGCGGCGGCGGUAAAGCCAGAAGGAGGAAGAGGACCGUUCCCAGGAGAAGGACGGCCAGUACGACCAGCAGCAGUACGGCUAGCAGUACCGACGAACAAAACGACGAAACGGUAAUGGAACAACACUGUUCGAGCACUCGACACGGACAAGAAGAAAGGAAGAUCACUUUCAGCGUGAACGCCAUUUUGGGUGACUGCAGGAGCAGUAGCAGUGCGAGUAAUUCUAGCAGCACGGGAAGUUAUGUACCACCGCCGCCUCAGCAGCACUUAGCUUCGGCCGCCUUCUUGAGGAUAACCGCAGCGGCUGCCGCGGCGGCCGCUGCUUCGCCACAAGGCAUCGACGGUGCCCUGCAGUACUACCAACAUUACCACGCGACACCCGAAACGACACCGGCGUCUGCGAUCAUAGCCAAACCCAUCGCGAGGAGACCUAACCAACAACAGCAGCAACAGCAGCAGCAGCAGCAGCAGCAAACUGUUCGGGUAAACCACAGCAGUUCGGCUCUGUUGGCUAUUGCUGUGGCCGCGGCCGCCAACGCAAACGGCGUUAAGGAGAAAACCAACGAAAGGCAACCCGGCAGCGAUACCUCGUGCUGUACCACACCCCCGUCGCCGGCAUCUAUGCAAAACGCGUCAGGGAGACAAACGGCAAAUAGCAGAGGAACCGCGACACCGCCACAACCGACGGCCCCCAACAACGGAUUCCAAGUUCAUUAUCGUCACCAGGACAUGCUGAUGCAUAACAGCAGGAUCAGCGGAUUCCCCUGGGCCGUCACCGCCGGAGAUGCCGCCACCAACAUUUACGGGGACAGUGCUGGUCGAUCCGCGAACGGCGGGGGUGCGUCCAUGAUGACCGCGGCCCAUUUGAAUUCCCUGAUAACGCCACCGCAACCCGCGGGAUCGGCGGCCGUGGCCAGAGCCGGGAACAGGGGUACGAACGGUGUACUCGGGGCACUCAGCCUGCACGCUCACAUGCAGAGCCACGGCGGUGGCGGCGGCGGUGGCGGAGGCGGCGGUCAUCACCAGUCGCCCUCGCUGCACCAACACAUCCAGAAUUCCACGGCCGCGGCGUUGCACCACAUACACUCGGUCCACCAUCAGUCGCAUCAACACCAUCAUCACAUACAGGGCGGCGGCCACUUGCAUCACGGCCACGGCGCCGUGCCGCAUCCCGGCCAUCUGAACGGCGGUGCCGGGAUCGGCGCGCCCACGUCCCGCGGCAAACCCAGGAGGGGCAUGAUGCGCCGCGCGGUGUUCUCGGAUCAGCAGCGCAAAGGCCUGGAACGGCGGUUUCAGCUGCAGAAGUACAUCAGCAAACCCGACAGGAAAAGACUGGCCGACAAGCUGGCGCUCAAGGACUCGCAGGUGAAGAUAUGGUUCCAGAACCGGAGGAUGAAGUGGAGGAACACCAAGGAGCGGGAACUGCUCGCGGCCGGCACGGGUUCGCGCCAGCAAACGUUGCCCACCCGGCAAAAUCCCAACCCGGACCUGAGCGACGUCAACACUACGAUUCCCAGUGGCGGCACUACCAACAACAACAACAACAACAACCAAUCCGGUGGCGCGGCCAACAAGGGUACCAACAACGCCAACCAGAGUGCCAGUGGGACGCUAGUCAAAGACGGCUGCAGCAAUGCCGCAAAGUCUCCGGCGCAGAUAAAUUUGCAAAUCAAUAGUAACGACCAACCGAGGUCACAGACGACGGUUCAGCCGCAACACACGGUGCCAUCGCAGAUUAGAUAAAACCAGAUCCAGUCCACUCCCGAUUAGAGCAAUGUGAUUGCUAAAAAAUUUAAACAGACCAAAACCUUCCUCAACUCAGAGUGACCACUGGUAGAAAAUAAAAAAAAUUCUUUAAGAGAAAUUAUUGUUUCAGAACUGAGCAUCACUGAAUUUAUAGAUUGUUAUCAUCGAUAUAUUGUAAAAAAAAAAAAAAUGAUUUGAUAACAUAUCAUAGUAUAAAACGUUUUAUGCAAUAAUUUCAUUUCGAUAAAAUGGUCACACAUUAAGUUGAGGAGGGUUUCAGUUAUCAGCAAAAUGACAAAGUGCAUCAUCUGUUUUUUUCAUUUUAAUCUGUGGUGUUAUAGUGGUAGCGAACACGUUUAGCUUGUUGAUAAUUGAGGGGCGCACAGCUCCAAAACAGAUUGACCCGGAAAUCCAUUAGAAAAAACCCAUUAAAACUUUUCCAAUGUCAUUCAAACGAAAUAA